GGGAUGGACGCGUCUUUACUGCGCAGAGUUUAUCAGCGAUGAAUGAAUUGCAAUAGCGGAGGAUUAAAAAAGCCGAAGCGACUCGAAUCGUCCGAUCUUACGCAGCUCCGCGAGCAACGCCUCUAAUCGGAAUAUUCCCACCGGCAAUUCAAAUCGUCGCGAUUCAUAAUUAAAAAAGAGAAAAGCGAGGUGAACCUAUGCACGGCGCGCCAUUUCUCAGAAUUUCGAAGCGAAUCGAUUUCUUCCUCAUAUGUGAGAACUGCGCGCACCCAAAUUAGACGUCACAAUUCGCGAUCGAGCCAUCGCUAUAUCUGGAACGCUUUAAUGCGAUGAAUUCAGAGUGGACCCAAGCGCCGCGGCGCAUCGUAUAAGAAUAUUGAUUCUUCUCUCAACCCUCAUCCGUUGGGUACUGCAACUCCCCAUGGAAUGUCAUUAGCGUGAGCCAGCUCCGCAGCGCUUUGUCGUUGUACAUUCGCGCGCGAACGAACAUCAUUCGGCGCGACCGUUCGUGUAAUCGAAAUACAGUGGAGUCAGCGAUGCGUAUAUUGAUUAGGGAGUCGCAUGACGAUGAAUCGCCAUAACUGCGCGCGAACAUAGUGAUUCGAGGAAGGCUCUUCUUAUUCGACGCCAAUCGCAUCAGCUGGCGCGGGGAAUUCUAUUUUCCAUACUUAUUGGCUGCCAUGGUUGCACCACGCACAGCGGUUUUCCAAUUAUGAAAUAUCAUGCAAUCGGCGCUCUUGCGUGUACUUACACGUCUAUCCAAUCGACAUAAUGGGAGAAGCUUCUGCGAUCGAUUUGCGCCUUCUUACGCUGGAGGAAUUAACGUCGGUUUAGCUCGAAGAAACGCAUUAAUCCACUUUGCGAAAGAUAAUGUUUGGUCUUAAAAUACGCGGGUAUUGAUCGAACCAGUCAUAGCAGGUACAGUAGGGUAGUACGACCUUACGAGUCAAGAAGUAGUAACCCACGAAAGUUCUUCUCGCUUGAUGGAACGAAUGUGGGGGAGUGAAUCCGAAAACUACUAACUGGAACUCAUCUCGCGGAUACGCAACAGCAGGCGAGAUUUUUCCGCGCUCAAGAUCGUUUCGAGAAAAUCUUCCAAGCGGCAAUUAAGCAAAUCAUUAUGACUCGGGUCAUUCGGCAAAACCAGGAAAAGUUGUGUGAAAUAAAAUUGUUCGCCUCUCAUUUCACAACACGCGAUGCGAUCUCAAGACAAUGGAAGUAACAGCAAUCUAUGCUAUUUGAGUUAAACGGUUCUUCGAGCUAUCGAAAGUCGGAUGAACGAUAAAAGAUAAAAACUGCACUCACGAAAUACCGGUGAUAAGACAUUUUUUUCGAGCAAAAGCGCGCGGCUACGAUUACGAGUGAAAAAAAUUCAUUCCCUCACGUAAAGUGCAGAUAAUUGCAUCGUACGUCAAGCGUGAAAUCUGCACCGCAUACUUGCAGCAUCCAACUGUUGAUUAUCGGGCUCGAGAGAAGACAAUAAAAUGUUUGAAAGCACGAAACGCUUUGUUCGCAAUCGUUGCUUGACGCAGAGCAGAGACCACACGCGAACAUGAGACGUGAUUACGGGCAGUCUAUUGAAACUUCGCGAAAUAAUUGGAGAUAAGAAAUUAAACGGCCCCCCAACUUAGCCAACGUACCGCCGGUCGUGCGAGUAUGUAAGGUUGCCUACGUACCGGCGAAGCCAUCCACACGUUGCACCCACUCUGAUGCAACUCCCACCACCGCGCGCAGCUGUGAUCGUAGCCUCGAGCGGAGAAUAAAAAAAAACAGUCAAUGGCGGCACUCAGCGUGUACUCGACGUUGCACUCGUGCAGUAGGUGGAAAACGGAAACCUAGUCGAAUUUCCCGGGCCGAAGCCUUUAAACCAGUUGGCGCGGAUCCGGGCAGUUUUGGUACCGGAUACUUCGUUCGCGAUCGUUCGGGUGCGUGCUGAAAACACUUACUCGUGCUACAAAAAUGUUGGGCGAGGAUGACAUCGUGUCAGCUGGUCCGAGCCAGUCGGACUUCUCGGCGGACACCGAGGCGACGCCUCUCCUUCGCGCUACUACCUCGACAGCGAGCAGCAGCACCAUGGUGGAAAAAAACAUUGGCAUCUCCCAGCAGACGCUAGUCUCGAAUGCGGGCGAUCGCAAUGUCGCCGCGUCCAAGAAGCUGCCCCAGUACAUGGCCGGCGUGGCCGCUACCCUCGGGGCCCUCGCCAUGGGUAUGGUCCUCGGUUGGGCCUCGGCUGCCGGCGAGGAUGGUAAAAACCUGAUAAGCGAAUACAAAAUCUCCAUGACGAAGGACGAGUUCUCCUGGAUCACAUCGCUGGUCACCCUUGGCGCGGCCGCGAUUUGCGUGCCCAUCGGAAUCCUCUCUGACCUCAUAGGCCGCAAGACCGCUAUGCUCAUUCUCGUGGUGCCGUUCACCGUGGGCUGGCUCCUCAUCGUCUUCGCCAACUCGCUCGGCAUGUUCUACAUCGGCCGCUUCAUCACCGGCGUCAGCGGUGGAGCUUUCUGCGUCACCGCGCCUAUGUACACAGCAGAGAUUGCCGAGAAUUCGAUUCGCGGCACCCUCGGCUCCUACUUUCAGCUCAUGUUGACUGUGGGCAUCCUGGUGUCGUACGUGCUCGGCCCGAUGGUCUCCAUGUUCCAGCUGUCCCUCAUAUCGACUGUGAUCCCGGUCAUCUUCUUCUGCGUCUUCUUCUUCAUGCCCGAGACGCCGAUUUACUACCUGAAGAAGGGAAAUCUCGAUGCCGCGCGCGCCAGCAUGGUCAGGCUGCGCGGACCUCACUACAACGUCGAGCCGGAGAUUCAGGCGCAGCAGGAGAUCCUGGACGAGGCUAAGAGAAACAGUGUGUCCUUCUUUGAGGCGAUCCAGGGCAAGGCCGCGAUCAAGGGACUCAUCAUCGGUUUCGGGCUCAUGUUCUUCCAGCAGCUCAGCGGAGUCAACGCUAUCAUCUUUUACGCCAGCACCAUCUUCGGGAAAGCCGACAAAUCCAUCCCGCCAACCACCGCGACCAUCAUCGUCGGCGUGAUCCAAGUGGUUGCCGUCUUCCUGAGCACCCUGGUCGUCGACAGGCUCGGCAGGAGAAUACUCUUGCUGGUCUCUAUCGUAGCCAUGUUCAUCACUACUUUGAUUCUCGGAGUUUACUUCUACCUGCAAAUCGUGGUUAAUGCAGACGUAUCCAAUAUCGGCUGGCUACCUCUGCUCUGCAUUUGUACUUUCAUAUUUUUGUUCUCCAUGGGAUUCGGACCGAUUCCCUGGAUGAUGAUGGGCGAAAUAUUCUCGUCAACUGUCAAGGGAAUAGCUGGAAGCAGCGCGUGUCUGUUCAACUGGCUGAUGGCCUUCGUCGUUACCAGAUAUUACGUACCUUUGGAAAAUUCAGCUGGCGCAUACACGUGCUUCUGGAUCUUUUCAGUUGUUUGCGCAGUAGGCACACUGUUUAUCUUCUUCGUAGUACCUGAGACCAAAGGAAAGACGUUGGAGGAGAUCCAGUACGAGCUUGGAGGCGAGGCGCCAACGCCCAGGCGUGACUCUGGAAAAGCUUGAGCACGUUUCUAUAUUAUUCAGUGAUAACGUUUCUUAAGACAAUUAUUCAGAAGUCAAUUAAAAAAAUGAUACGUCCAUUUUUUGUCUAUAAGUCUUUUGGUCGAGCGAUACGAUAUUUUUCAAUGAUAAAACCUAACUUAUACAGUAAUAGAGUGUACGCUCGAACAAAAGCUCUAAAGGUUAAAACAAAUGGAACGUCGAAUUUGAUCGUUUUGUACCAAGUCCGAAUCCUGGAGCUGGUAUCCAGCCGUUGAAUACGGAGAGAGUUAACAGCGGAGCGUUUUUAGUUUCUGUAACAUGGACAGAAAAACGUUACUUAUUUUACAUUCGUGAUGGAUACUUGAACGAGAUCGUAAUACUUAAAGCGUUGUUUGAUAAAGUAUUGCACAUCCCUGCAAGAAAGACUGAUUGUUUUACCGACAAAAGCUAGUUGUUAUUAGCUUAUAUUGUACGAUACAUCAAAUUAUGUAUUAUUUUUACUAUAUAUAUUUAUCUAAUAUAUAUGUACGAAUUUGUACAAAAUAUUGUAAAUGUAAAUAAAUUAUUGUUAGUAUAUAUGCUUAAGUGCACUGAAA